AUGCGGGCUUCUAAUCCUUAUCAUCAGACUCUGUAUUCUGGUCCUCCCAUCGAUAUCGAAGAUCCUGCUAAGAACACGGCUGUGCAUCUCGGCCAAGAACAUGGGGUUGCUACUAAGAAUGUGGAGCAUGACGAAAUGGUUAGGAAGAUGAAAAGUCUAGAACAAGCUAUGAAGAACUUGCAGGGAUCAGGAAGCUAUAAAAGCGUUUCAUACAGUGAUUUGUGUAUGUUCCCGAGUGUUCACUUACCUCCGGGGUUCAAGACACCGAAGUUUGACAAGUACGAUGGGCACGGUGAUCCCAUAGCUCAUUUGAGGAGAUACUGCAACCAACUGAGAGGAGCUGGGGGUAAUCAGGAAUUGCUCAUGGCUUACUUUGGGGAGAGUCUGACUGGUUUAGCUUCAGAAUGGUUUAUUGAUCAGGACAUUGUGAAAUGGCAUACUUGGGAUGAUAUGGCAAAUGAGUUCGUGCAACAAUUUCAGUACAAUAUUGAUCUGGUUCCUGAUAAAAAGUCUCUAACCAACCUGAAGAAGAAAGUUACCGAAAGUUUUAGGGAGUUUGCAAUUCGUUGGCGUGAACAAGCUGCAAGGGUAAAGCCACUAAUGAGAGAAGGAGAGAUGGUGGAGACUUUUCUCCAGGAACAAGAUGAGACAUAUUAUCAACACAUGAUCCCGGCCCUAGGAAAAUCGUUCAUUGAGGCCAUUAAAAUGGGAGAAAUAAUAGAAGAAGGAAUCAAAACAGGACGCAUUGUCGGCUUUGCCGCAUUGAAGGCAACAACCCAAGCCAUUCAAAAUGGUUCAGGGAGUUUUGGUGGAAAGAAGAAAAAGGAAGAUGUAGCUACAGUUGCGCCUGGGCCACGGCGAAACCCGAGGGGCCCGCCUCGCCAAUACACUCAACCCCAACCCCAAAACUAUACCCAAGAUCCAUAUAAUUACCCACAACCCCAAAACCCACAAUAUUCUAUUCCGCCCCCUCAGUACCCCAUAUACAGUGCGCAGCCAUAUGCCCAGCCCCCUUCUUACCCGCAAUGGCGCGCACCAACCCCGCAAAUCCGUCCUCCACCUCCACAGACUUACCAAGGCCCUCCCAGAUCCAAUUUUUGGCCCAGGCCAGAGUACAAAAGGGCAAACGCGGUCAAGGAUAACUUUACUCCCAUUGGGGAAUCAUAUGCUGAUUUGUUUCAGAAGCUGAGGGCAUUAAAUGUUUUAAGCCCAAUUGAAGGAAGGAUCCCAAACCCACCUCCGAAAAAUCUUGAUUACUCUCAGAGAUGUGCUUAUUGCUCUGAUACCCCGGGACACAAUAUAGAGAAAUGUUGGUAUUUGAAGAAAGCAAUCCAAGAUUUGAUUGAUACGCAGCAAAUUGUGGUGCAAAAUGCAGACAUACCAAAUAUCAAUCAAAACCCACUACCAAAUCAUAAAGAAACAAACAUGUUGGAGUUGAUCUAUGGUAGUGAUGGGUCUGAUGUUCCUUACAAGCCUAUCAUGAAGAUUGAAGCAGGCGUGGAGAAAUCAGUAAAUGUGGCAGAUUCCGCAAAAAUAGCACCUUUGGGGGUAAAUGAGGUUACAAAGAGGCCAAUCCAGUCAGACGCGAUGAAACCCUUAUUGAUUGUGAAAGGAGCUCCAGAGAAGGUUGGGGCAAGUCAGGGAAAACCAAAGUUGAUCGUGCCAGGGGUGUCGAGCAGGCCUAUUUUAACUGUCAAAGGGGCGCUCACCACCCCUAUCAUUAUUAAGCCAGUGACACAACUUCCAAUAGUUGAUGCUAAGGCGGUUCCCUGGAAUUAUAAUCAGACUAUGGUGACUUACCAAGGGAAGGAAAUCAUCGAAGAGGUAGACGAAGUAGGGGGCCUGACUCGUUCAGGAAGAUGCUUUGCUCCGGAAGAGUUAAGGAAAACCAAACAGGUGAGGGAGGGCCAAAUGCCCGUUAAGAAACCAGUAACAGAGGAAGAAGCUGAAGAGUUCUUGAAAAAGAUGAAAUUGCCAGACUAUUCCAUCGUGGAGCAAUUAAGGAAAACCCCUGCUCAAAUCUCUUUGUUGUCUUUGUUAAUACACUCAGAUGAACAUCGCAAAGCUUUGUUGAAGAUUCUGAAUGAAGCCCAUGUCCCUACCGAGAUUACAGUUAAUCAAUUGGAGAAAAUUGCUGAGAGGAUCUUUGAGGUAAAUAGGAUCACUUUCUCAGAUGAUGAACUACCCGUUGAAGGUACUGGACAUAACCGAAGCCUUCAUAUUACUGUAAAAUGUGAGCAUUCCUAUGUCACUAGAGUUUUGAUUGACGGGGGCUCUGGUGCAAACAUUUGUCCUCUGUCAACCUUACAAAAACUAAAUGUAAGUACUGAAAGAAUUCGACCAAACAACGUGUGUGUUAGAGCUUUUGAUGGAGCGAAAACUGAUGCCAUCGGUGAGAUAGAUCUUGUGCUUACAAUAGGGCCUGCUGAUUUUACCAUAGAUUUUCAAGUGUUGAACAUCAAUGCCUCCUAUAAUAUGUUGUUGGGAAGACCAUGGGUACAUAUGGCUGGGGCAAUCCCAUCCACAUUGCAUCAGAUGAUCAAGUUUGAAUAUGACAGGCAGGAAGUGAUUGUUCACGGUGAAGGGGAUUUGUCCAUUUAUAAAGACUCCACUGUUCCCUUUAUUGAAGUGGAUAAUGCUGAUGAAACACUGGUGUAUCAAGCUUCUGAGAUAGUGGUAGCUGAGCAGAUCCCUGAAGGGAAACCCAUUCCGAGACCACAAUUGCCUCCAACAUCUGUUAUGGUGGUAAAUGAAAUGUUGAAACAUGGUUUUGAGCCAGGAAAAGGCUUGGGGGCCUCUCUACAAGGUAUGGUUUAUCCGGUGUGUCCACGUGAGAGUCCAGGUCCAUUUGGUCUGGGGUUCAAACCAACGGCUGAAGAUAGAAAGAGGGUUAAAAAGCGAAAAAAAGAAGCAUGGUCACUUACUAAGCCUGUGCCACCGAUCUACAAGUCCUUCGUCAAGAACACCAACAGGUCUUCCCAGCCAGUACUGGACGUGGAUUUUGAGUUGAUUGGGUGUUUCCAGAACUUGUUUGUUGAAGCUGAUAUGGUUGAAAUUGGAGGGGGUCCCAGUAACGCAGAUGUGCAUUCUGUUUGUGCUGGUUCUAAUGAUAUGACAUGCAUGCGGAAUUUUUGGCCAGAUCUUAAAAUCCAACCUAAUCAUGAAACAAUGAACCAAGAAGCUGAAUAUGAUGAAGAAGAAGUAUUUCAGGAAAUAAGCAGGGAUUUGAAACACUUCGAAGAUAAAACGAACCCUAAUUUGAAUGAAACCGAAGCAAUCAAUCUAGGAGAUCAAGAUAAUGUCAGGGAAACUAAGCUAAGUGUGCAUGUUCAACCACAUUCCAAGAAAGAAUUAACCCAGGCUUUGUUUAAAUAUAAGGAUGUUUUUGCAUGGUCUUAUGAUGAUAUGCCGGGUUUAAGCACUAAAUUGGUGGUUCACAAAUUGCCAACUGACCCAGCAUUCCCUCAUAUGAAGCAGAAAUUAAGUUAA